AUUUAAGUAUCUCCAAUAGAAACAUAGGGCCUUUAAAGUGUCUUGUAGUUUUCUAUAAAAAAAGGGGGAAAAGGGGGAUAUUUCAUGUGCUUGUUUAUUCAAAAUAAAAGCAAUCAAAAUGUUGCUUUUUAAAUCUAUAAAUUACUUUCCUACAUAAAUUUCUAUUUCUCAGUAAAAAAAGGUGAUUUAGCACUUGAAAAUUUAUAUUUAGUGUAACAACGUUCAGACCUCCUUUUGAACCCCUUGGUUGACAGAGUAAGCAUAUACUUAUGUGAAGGGGGAUUCAAAGGGAAGUCUUUCCAAGCUUUAGUUUUGUUAUUCUAGUCUGGUAGUUCUGAGUUUUACUGAGGAGAACAAAAAUUAAUAAGGUUCAAAAGAUACUUUAUUUUAUUGAACAAAACAUUCAUAUUGAUACAUUAUAUUUAAGUUUUUAUGUUCAUUUUUUAUUUGCUUUUACCUAGCUAAUAUUCACUGCAAAAUUUCUAAGGGGAUAUCGAUACUACUCUCUUGAUGUCUGUUGGUUAUUUGUGUCAUUGGGUUGCUGUCUCAUCAAUGUAUACCCCUCAUCUCCAUUUAUUCAUACUAACAUGAAGAAUACUCUUUCCUGUUUAUUUGUUCCUUAACAAAAGAUUAUAUAAAAAAAACACAACCAAAGUCACUUACAUAAUGUCAUAACACAAAGAUUAUAUCAUCCUUAAAACACCAACUUUAAAUGAAUAGAAGUUGUACCAACAAAAUCAAAUUAUAUAUAUGUAUUUUCAGAUACAACAUGAAGCUCUCCAUUGCUCUAGGUUUACUACUGGCAGCUGUAUGCACUAAUGCCUCUUACGGCAAAUGUUGGGGUAAAGGCUGUGGUGGAUACGGUGGUAGAUAUGGAGGUGGAUAUGGAGGGCUAGGUGGAUGGGGAGGUGGAUAUGGAGGCCUAGGUGGAUGGGGCGGUGGUUGGAGCUGGGGAGGACCAGUUUGGGGAGUAGGUAAAGGCUGGAAUGGAUGGGGCCUAGGAGGUGGAUAUGGAUGGGGCAAAGGAGGUGUAUAUGGAGGAUGGGGUCUAGGAGGUGGAUAUGGUGGAUGGGGUCUAGGAGGUGGAUAUGGUGGAUGGGGCCUAGGAGGUGGAUAUGGCGGAUGGGGUCUAGGAGGUGGAUAUGGUGGAUGGGGCAAAGGAGGUGGAUAUGGAGGAUGGGGUCUAGGAGGUGGAUACGGAGGAUGGGGCCUAGGAGGCGGAUACGGAGGUGGAUAUGGAGGUGUAGUACUCAAAGGAAAAAGAUCAUACUACUAAAUUAAGGAAAUCAUGUUCUGUAGUUUCAGAAGGCAAAAUGGACACAGAUUUAAGUUAAAUCUUCGUAUCAACACAUGUAGAUAUCUAGCAAUUAAAAAUAGCCGGCUAA